UAACUAUUGGUUAGAAUGUUAGUGUACGUAAAUUUUAUUAAAACGCCAGAAUCUGCGAAGCAUGGAGUUGUGUACGUAAAUUUUGACCCACAUUUGUUGAUCAAUCUAAGAAUUUACAUGAGCAAUAAAAAAUUGCGAUAAUUAAAGAAGUUAGUGUACGUAAAUUUUAUUAAAACUAAUAUAAUUAAGGUUAGAUAAAAUACCAACUCAAUAAAAUUAAAUUAACAAUUACAAGAGAUAAAUAUAGAAUAACUACCCACUACUUAUCCCACAAACCCUUAAGUCUAAUUAUUCUCAACUGAACCCACGAUAACUACCUUUCCCUUUCUCUUUAUCACAGCCGCUUCACCUUUUUCUUUUUCCACCAUAGUUUCAUCUCUAUUUUUUUUCCUCACCAUCGUAGCCAAAACACUCUCCACAGGUUUUUGAUUUCUAUCAAUAUUCUUAGAACAAUUCUUUUCUUCUUAUCUAAUACAUCAUCCACUCUCUAUUUCUGCAGAGAGUAGGUUGAAGAUGCCACUGGAGUAUACUCCUCUUUCCCACCUCAAUUCAUCUCAAAAAGAAUGGAAAAUCCGAGUGUUGGUCUCACGGGUAUGGAACUACUACUCCAAAAAUAAACCUGAAGUUGUUCUCGGGAUGGAAGCUAUCCGUGUGGAUGAAAAGGGAGAAAGGAUUCAAGCUUCUGUGAAACAAAAGUUGAUUAAAAAAUUUGGAAGGGACCUAAAAGAAGGAGAGUAUCUAGAUCUCAUGAAUUUUGAAGUGUUGGGUAACAAUGGUGAUUACAGAGGAACCACACACCCUUACAAGAUAAGUUUUAUAUGGACUACAUAUAUGAAGACCUCUGAGCAGAUCCCAAAUCUAUCCCGCUUCAACUUAAGCCCUUUUUUAGAUAUUUUAUCUCAGUCCAUUGUUGAUGAUGUCUUCAUAGACAUUCCUGGUGAAAUUGUUGGCAUGGGUGAAAUUACUGAGAGGAAGUAUGCAGGGCAUUCAACAAAACUUUUGGAUAUUCAACUACGAGAUCUGUGUGAAACAAUCAUUGAAUGCACUUUAUGGGAAAACCAUGCCGAGGAUGUGCACUCUUAUGUGAAGAACAACAAAACUGGUCCAGUUAUAUUGCUUGGAAGUCUUAUGAGAACCAAAAAAUUCAACGGUAAAAUAUCAGUUCAAAACUCACGCUUUUCUACAAAGCUUUUUCUGAAUGAAGAUAUAGAUGAGAUAAGUGAAUUUAAGAAAUGCAUGGUGAACACUGAUAAUUUGGCUCCAUGUACGGUUACUCCAAUGGUAAAACCCACUUCAAAUAAAGUGGUUACCGUUGAUGAUUUCCCAUUAAGCUGCUUCAAAACAAUCGAUCAGCUCAUGUGCAUCGAGGAAAGUACUUGUGUUAUGUUCGCAUCUAUCUUAGCAAUUCAAAAGGGAAUUCCUUGGUUCUAUGUUGGGUGCAAAGGCUGUUGUGGGAAAGCUACUCCAUAUUUCAACCCAGUGACUGAGGGAAUUGAGGCCAACAAAUAUGCAUGCGACUCUUGCGAGAAGGAUGAAACCAUCACAAGUAUAAGAUACAAACUGCAAGUCAAAGUAGCUGAUCAUACUUGAAGUACAUCUUUUCUAUUAUUUGAUCGAGAAGUUAUACAACUCAUUCAUAAAUCUGCUUAUGAAUUGCUUGAACAACAAGUGCAGUUUAACCGUGAGAAUGAACUUCCUCAAGAACUAAUGGAUUUGGAAGGAAGAAAAAUCGUUUGGGUUAUCCGUGUAAAGGGUACGGAGAAAAAUUUCAGACAACCAAGUUUUAACGUUGUCAAACUCAGUGAUACGCCUGAUGUGAUCCAUAAUUUUCAAGAUAAUAUGAGAAUGGAGGUGGAAAAUACAUCUUCAGAAGCCAAUAACAAUGAUUUACCACCUUGCUCUCCUAUGACUCCAAGCACAAAACGACAAGGAAGUAAUAUUAUUGAUGAUGAAGCAAUUCAAGAAUCAUCAACAAAACGUAAGGGAACAUCUAAAAGGCUAAAGGAGAAAGUGGUAGCAAAGUAGAGAACAUGAAGAAAGAAAGCACGAAGGCUAAGCUUUAGGAGUCUGAGCAGGUAAAAUUCGUUGGUUCUGUUUCUGUUCGUAUUUAAUCUAACUUCAGUUUGUACAGAGGAUGCUGUCUUUAAAACCUUGGAUACUUAUCUUUAGUUAUGCAAUUGUAUUGAAUUUUCAAGUAACUUUUAUGUCAAGUAAUUUUAAAGUAACUUUCAUUCACAAAA